AUGUGUAAAGCCGGUUAUGCCGGUGAUGACGCCCCAACUGCUGUGUUUCCAUCUAUCGUUGGUAGACCAAGACAUCAAGGUAUCAUGGUCGGUUUAGGCCAAAAGGACUGCUAUGUUGGUGACGAAGCUCAGUCCAAGAGAGGUGUUUUGACCUUGAGAUACCCAAUUGAACAUGGUAUAGUCAACAACUGGGACGAUAUGGAAAAGAUCUGGCACCACACCUUUUACAACGAAUUGAGAGUUGCUCCUGAAGAACACCCAGUUUUGUUGACCGAAGCCCCAAAGAACCCUAAGUCUAACAGAGAAAAGAUGACUCAAAUCAUGUUUGAAACCUUCAACGUUCCAGCUUUUUACGUUUCUAUUCAAGCUAUUUUGUCUUUGUACUCCUCCGGUAGAACUACUGGUAUUGUUUUGGAUUCUGGUGAUGGUGUUACCCAUGUUGUUCCAAUUUACGCUGGUUUCUCCUUGCCCCACGGUAUCUUGAGAGUUGACUUGGCCGGUAGAGACUUGACUGAACACUUGAUGAGCAUCUUGUCUGAAAGAGGUUACUCCUUCUCUACCACUGCUGAAAGAGAAAUCGUUAGAGACAUCAAGGAAAGAUUAUGUUACGUUGCUUUGGAUUUCGAACAAGAAAUGCAAAUCUCUUCUCAAUCAUCCGCUAUUGAAAAGUCUUACGAAUUGCCUGAUGGAAGAGUUAUCACUGUUGGUAACGAAAGAUUCAGAGCCGCUGAAGCUUUGUUCAGACCAAGUGACUUGGGAUUGGAAGCUGCUGGUAUUGACCAAACUACUUACAACUCUAUCAUGAAGUGUGAUGUUGAUGUCAGAAAGGAAUUGUACGGUAACAUUGUUAUGUCUGGUGGUACCACUAUGUUCCCAGGUAUUGCUGAAAGAAUGCAAAAGGAAAUCACUGCUUUGGCUCCAUCUUCUAUGAAGGUGAAGAUCAUUGCUCCUCCAGAAAGAAAGUAUUCUGUUUGGAUUGGUGGUUCUAUUUUGUCUUCCUUGUCUACCUUCCAACAAAUGUGGAUCUCCAAACAAGAAUAUGAUGAAUCUGGACCUUCCAUUGUCCACUUGAAGUGUUUCUAA